UCCUCUACUAUAAGAAUAAUUCAAUAAGAAGAUCAAGUGGUGAAAGAACCGCCAGGUAAAACACUCUGCCAAAUCUUAAGCUAGUACUCUUUGCUGAUUGUUAUACUCCAUCGUCCAAUGGCUUCUUCAUCGCAAUCCAAAGGAAUUUACGACGUGUUCUUGAGUUUUAGAGGUAAGGAUUUGCGCAACAACUUCAUCAGUCAUCUCUACAAAGCUUUAGACCAGAAUGGAAUAUACACUUUCAUUGAUAGUGAGGAAUUGAGGAGGGGAGAUCAAAUAUCUCCGGCGCUUAUGAAGGCCAUCGAAGAAUCAUGCAUCACAAUCAUCGUUUUCUCGGAGGAUUACGCUUCCUCACAAUGGUGCUUAGAAGAAGUGGCAAAGAUUAUGCAGUGCAAGGAGCAAAAUAACCUAACUGUUCUACCAGUUUUCUAUAACGUGGACCCAAGAGAAGUGAGAAGGGGGAGAGAGAGUUAUGGGAGAGCUUUGGAUAAGCAUGAGUCCAAGUUUGGAAAGGAUUCAAAGGAAGUAAAGAGAUGGAAGAAAGCCCUUUUCGACGCCGGUAGCUUGUCCGGGUGGCAUUUGAACAAUGGAGAUGAGUCAGAGCUUAUACAAAGAAUUGUGAAGGAGAUCUCCACUCGCCUAGCCCAAACACCUUUGCAUGUUGCUAAGCAUCCGGUUGGGAUAGAUCGCCGAGUGGUUAAGCUGAAAUCAAUGUUAAAGCUUGAGUCUAAUGAUGAUGCUAUCAUGGUGGGAUUAUGGGGACAAGGAGGCAUAGGGAAGACAACUUUAGCAAGAGCUCUUCACAAUGCUAUUUUUAGACAAUUUGAGGGUUCGUGUCUUUUGGCAAAUGUUCGAGAAGCUUCAAAAGAUUCCAAGGAUUUAGUUCAAUUGCAAGAAAACUUACUAUCUGAGAUUUUAUCACUACAAAAAAGAUUAGCAGUGUCCAGUGUUGAUAGAGGUAUUAAUCUAAUACAACAUAGACUUCGUCACAAGAAAGUUCUCCUCGUCCUUGAUGAUGUGGAUGACUUGCGCCAAUUAAAUGCUUUAGCAGGAGAAGGCAAGUGGUUUGGUAAUGGAAGUAGGAUCAUUGUUACUACAAGAGAUAAACAUUUGCUAACUUGUCAUGGGAUUGAUCAAGAUCACGUGUAUGAAGUUGAAGCACUCGAUGAUAGUGAAGCUCGCGAGCUACUUAGCAAUCACGCUUUUCCGACACACCAGAAAUUAGAAAUCAGGAUAGAUAUGGUGGAUAGUGUUCUCAAUCAUGCUAGAGGCCUUCCUUUAGCACUUGAGGUGUUGGGUUCCUUCUUAUGCGGUAGAAGAGAAGAUGUAUGGGAAAGUACACUACGGAAACUUUCUAGGUUUCCCAACAAAACCAUUAAUGAUGUGCUCAAAAUAAGUUAUAAUGGACUAGAGGAAAAUGAGAAAGAGAUUUUUCUCCACAUUGCCUGCUUCUUUAAGGGAAAGCAUAGUAAUUACAUAAAGAAAGUUCUUGACAGUUGUGAUUUUGAGACAGCCGUAGGAUUUGAUAUUCUCAUUGAGAGGUCCUUGAUAAGCAUUGAGAACGGACCACUACAAAUGCAUGACUUGAUUCAAGCAAUGGGUAUAGAUAUUGUGAACCAAGAAUGUCGAUAUGAUCCUAGGAGACGUAGCAGACUAUGGUUGUAUGAAGAUAUUCUUGAUGUUCUAUCAAGCGACAUGGGAGAUUGUGUUGUAAAAGCCAUAGUGUUGGAGCCAUUUGAGCCAAUAGAGAUAUGUAUCGAUCCUGAUGCUUUUACAAAAAUGAGAAGGUUGAGAUUGCUCAUUUUGCGGAAUGUGCAUAAUUCUUUCCAAGGUCCUGUAUGUCUUCCUAAUUGGCUAAGAUGGUUUGAAUGUCCUGGUGCUUCGUGGAUUCCAGAAUUUUCCUCUGGCACAAAGAAAUUAGUGGGACUUAAUAUGAGCGAAGGCAAUAUCACAGGAGUGGUAAAAAAAUUUAAGGACUUCCAAAAUUUGAAGUAUAUUACUUUCAGUUACUGCGAGUCGCUAGUCCGCAUCCCUGAUAUUUCAUAUACUCCAAAUCUCGAGCAAUUGAAUCUCCCAUAUUGCAAAAACUUGGUAGAAGCCCAUGAGUCCAUCGCAUAUCAUGACAAGUUACAGAUGUUGAAUUUAUGGGAGUGCUCUGAACUUAGCAUUUUUCCAAAUGUGCUCAAGUCAAAAAAUCUCCAAGCUCUCAACCUUCUAAAUUGCACAAAAUUUGAAAGGUUCCCUGAUAUUCCACAUAAACUCGGAGGCCUGGAAGAGCUUUGGUUACUAGGGACUGCUAUUAAAGAACUUCCUGCUUCAAUAGAAAAUCUUGUUUCUUUGGAGAAUAUGUAUAUGCAUCAUUGCAAGAACCUGGUAAGUCUUCCGUCUAGCAUUUAUAAUUUACAAAACCUUAUAAACUUGCAAGUUAACUCUUGCACAAAUUUAAUCGGGUUUCCAAAGUAUGAGGAUUCAGCUGCUCCCUGCAUGAAGACCGGACUUUCAAAUUUACUUUGGUUGGACCUUUUUGGAUGUAAUUUGUCCGAAAUAAAGUUUCUCGAGAAUCUUUCAUGUUUUCCCUCCGUGGAAACAUUAUUGCUCGGGGGGAAUAAUAUUACUAGCCUUCCUACAUCCAUCAAUAAGCGUGAUCAUUUGCUCUAUUUGAGUGUUAGAGAAAGCCAUCAAUUACAAGAGAUUCCUGAGCUUCCACCACUUUUGAAUUGUCUUCUGGCGGAUGGUUGCGAAUCUAUGCAAAAUACUGGAGAUUUAACUUCAUUUCAUGAUUUUGUCCGUAGAGGGGCGACCAUGGCUGAUAGUUCCUCACCUGACCUGAAUCCUCUUCGUUACCCUCGUUACCUAAUUACUCUUCCUAGAGGAGAGAUGCCAGAGUGGAUCCUUCCUAUUGAAGAGGAUUCCGUAUCUUUCAUGGCUUCAAAGGACUUGUAUGACAAGUUUCUUGGAUUUGCUCUCUAUGUCGCUCUCGGUAAUGAUGAACAGAAAAAGGGAGCCCCUUUUCGGCUUGUACCAUGUGUUAAUGGGGAGCGUCGGGAAUAUUGGGUACCACGUUACGAUACCUUUUUGUCGGAUUCGGAUCGUAUCUGGCUUCAGUAUUUCACACCAUCUCAAUUGUGGGGAGUAGUCAAUUUUGGUCAAAUUGAUGGGAGUUAUGUACAAUUUAGCCUUACCAUAUCGGGUAGAAUUGUGAAAAAGUGGGGAUUCCGAAUAAUAUGCGUGCAAUUAGAGGACGAUUUAAAGGUUGUGCUCCGAGACACUCAGCUAAUGGAUCUAGCUUUACUCUACGAGGUUAUUCUUGAAUCAACAGAUUCAGAAGCCAAGAUUUCACUUGUGCAUGAAGGUAAUUCGAUCGAAACAGAUCUACAGAAGGACUUACAAGAUUGUCAAGUGUGUGCCGAGGAAAAAAGUCAAGUAGUACCAAAGAGAAAUCAUGAGCUUAUUCUCCCUCAAGGCAUGCAAACCAAGACUAUGUUGACUUCCAAUUCGAUUGGCAGAGAUGAGAAUGGUCGUGUUGGCUUGCAGCUUUUGUUGUUAGAGUGAUCGAAUCUUGCUAAGGAAGUAAUUCGUAGGUAAGUGAACUCACUUGGUCUUGUUUUUAGUUUUUCUCUCCCCACAUUCUUUCUUUGGGUAUUAAACCCAAUUAUAAUAUAUCUAGUUUUUCUCCGCCAUUGGCAAACUUCGAACUCCACCGACGCUACUUUCAGCAUCAUCACUGCUCAUCUUCCAUCCGACACCACCAAGCUUUGACUAUUGUAAGAUCGCCACCUACCAACGGAGGCGACGAACAGAAGUAGUUCUUCCUGAAACAGAGUCCCUAGCAAACGAUGGCGAUGGAGACCAGCCAUUUGAGACGACAGAUUAUAACUGCUGACCGAAGCCAUGGAAACUGAUGAUGUAGCUUCGGGUGAACGAUUCUCUGCAGAGGUUCUGGGCUUCAUGCAAGUGGCCAUAGAUCAGGAACAUGGCCUCUUUGCUUUUCUUAUAUAAGGCAAAGCUUGCGUAACAGCCUUGAAGUUUCAGUU